ACGGUACAGUUUGAAAAUAACGAGUCUUUAAAUGGCGGUGCAACGUCUACCCGUGAUGAAAAGUAAUAAAAACUUAUUUUUACACGUAGACAUGGUCAAUAUGCAUGACAAACUUGUCACGUUUUGUAGCAAAAAACAAAAGAUUUGUGCACUUUCUGCCAAUGUUCAUCCAAAGCACGCACGCUAUUCAUCCAACGUGACCACUCACUCUUUAGUGUAUUUAUCUCCCUUUUUGUUUUCAGUACAGAACGGGCUUCAUACGCGUUUCAGAGUAUUCAGGUAUCCAUUGAAAUGGGCGUGAUUAUGAGAUCGGAAGCAAUGCGGCUUUUGUUGUUGACGUUAAUGGCCGUUUCUCGUUCCCCGGCGACCGUGGCCGGCGAGGUGUACAAGGUCGGCGACGCGAAUGCUUGGACCAUUGGCACCGUUGAUUAUCGCCAGUGGGCUUCGUGCAGGGCUUUUCACGUCGGCGACGUUCUCGUUUUCGAGUACAAUCCGGAGGGGCACAACGUGAUGCGGGUGGGGCGGGAGGAUUACCGGUCGUGCAACACCGCGUCGCCGAUCGCCACCUACGCCUCCGGCAACGACUCCAUCAGGAUUAUGGGCCCCGGCCACUACUACUACAUCUGCGGGUUCGAAGGCCACUGUCAGGGCGGCCAGAAGGUUGACAUCAGAGUUUUUAAAGUUCCUCAGCCCACUGAGGUACCCAGCGGCGGAAGCCCCGCCCUGUCUCCCCACCACACUGCGGCUCCGGCUCCGGCUCCUGCGCCGGCGCCGGCGCCCGUUUCCGAUAUCUCUCCGCCUGGCCCGUCGCCGAGCGGUGGUCUCAGCCUGACUCGUUCCCGUCGCCUUGCGUUACUUAUUGGGAUCUCUGUUUUUCUAGUUUAGUAUCUUAUGAUGUUUCAUAGGCUUUAAUUUUGUCGAUUCUGUAUUUUUCUCAGAAUAGUUUAAACUUUUAAUUGCAUCCUCUUUU